GGUCAAACACCCACCCCAGCCCCUCUCCUCGGGUCCUGCAUCUCCAGGGGCGCACACGACACAAGAGCAGACUCGGUGCUCAGCAGCCCACGCCGGGCUCUCCCCCCCAGAGAGGCGCUCGGCGCUCAGCCCCCAGCCCGGGAGCCCGGCAGGCCGCCUCCGGGAGCCCCCGCAGACGCCAUAGUAAAAGCCAAAAUGGCUGCCCCGAGGAAGCCCGCACCGCGCCGCUAGCGAGGGCUGGGGAAGCAAGCUUCUGCGGGAAACGGGGGAGGAGGACUCUCGGAAGACCCGUGGCCAGGACCGACGCCUCCCGAGCCGCACAGAAGAGCAAACAAGAAUUUAUUGACUGCACAAAAAUAUACUUAGGACAGUGAAACAAGGAACGGCUUAGCAUAGAAGAAGCAACAGGAGCGCCUAGGCUGGGCUGCCUUGGCUCACUGGGAGGUUCUAAUUAUAGCCACCCUUGCCAUAACUUUUUAUUUAUAUUUGGAAAAAUACUGGCCAGAAAAAAAUGAUAAAAUUCUUCCUCAUGGUGAAUAAACAAGGGCAGACCCGGCUGUCUAAGUACUAUGAGCACGUGGAUAUUGCUAAGCGUACGCUUCUGGAAACCGAAGUCAUCAAGAGCUGCCUCUCUCGAUCCAGUGAACAAUGCUCUUUCGUUGAAUACAAGGAUUUUAAGCUGAUAUAUCGGCAGUAUGCAGCUCUCUUCAUCGUGGUUGGAGUUAAUGACACCGAGAAUGAGAUGGCGAUUUAUGAAUUCAUCCAUAACUUUGUGGAAGUUUUAGAUGAGUACUUCAGCCGAGUGAGUGAAUUAGACAUAAUGUUUAAUUUGGAUAAAGUACACAUCAUUUUGGAUGAGAUGCUAUUAAAUGGCUGCAUUGUAGAAACGAAUCGGGCAAGAAUUCUUGCCCCUCUACUAAUUCUUGAUAAGAUGUCAGAAAGCUGAAUAACGGAAGGCUCUGCCAGGAAUCGUCAACACAAGAAAUGAGAACAUGGAAUACCUCACAGCAUCUGUAGCCCAAAGAAUCUGGAAGAGCACACUGCAAAAUGGGGCAUCUUUCCAAAGACAUUUUAAAUAGGUGUUUUUCAUAGCUCCUAAAUGGAAAACAAAACUGUAUUUUAAAGAGAUGUUUAAUUUUCUAACCAUAAACAUUUCCCCCCACUUGUUUUUUAUUAAUAAAAUGUUGGUUUCUGCUUCCCUUUGCAAAUUAAAUUCGGGAAUAGCACCAUGAGGUAGGAAGUAUGGCAGCUCUUUAUCAGCCAAUGUAGAACUGGCAAACACAAAUAGCAUUUUGUCUUCUGAAUAUGACUGUCUAACUAUGUUGUACUGAAAAUACUGUAAUUGAAAUGUGAAAAAAAAAUUUUUAAGUCUUAAAAAGUCAAAAUUUUACUAUAUUGUGUAUCUAAUGAAAACAUCAAAAUUAAAUUUCAUUUGCCAGUUUCUAAAAGUGUGCGAUCCAUUUUAUGGGUACUUGGCAAUUACAAUG